UUGUUUGUGAUUUACAACUUUUACAAUUGUUUAUAACGGCAUUUGUCAAUUGAAUUCGGAAAGUUUAUAUAGACACAUUAUACAAAAUUACAAACUCAAAAGGUAUCAAGAUGUCAUACAUGUCUUCGAAAACUCUUGAAUAGGAAUCGACGUCCCAACGUUAAAGGAACAGCAUGGAUCACAUACAAAGAGAGAACAGAGGAUCUGAACAUAAGGUGUUUAACGACCCAGUUCAUGGCCAUAUUUCACUUCACCCGUUGUGUGUGAAGAUCAUAGACACACCGGAAUUCCAGAGACUGCGCUUUAUAAAACAACUUGGUCCCGUUUACUUGGUGUAUCCAGGGGCCUCACAUAACAGAUUCGAACAUUCACUCGGGGUUUGCCAUUUAUCUGGUCAACUUGUAAAGACUCUUCAGAAACGACAACCGGAGCUUCAAAUUUCCGACGAAGAAGUUCUUUGCGUGAUGAUUGCUGGACUCUGCCACGAUUUAGGUCAUGGGCCUUUUUCCCAUUUGUUUGAUCAGAGGUUCAUUCCCUCCGUGUGUCCUCGUGAACAUUGGAAGCAUGAGGACGCCUCGGUAAUGAUGUUUGAUCACAUGGUAACAGAAAACAAGUUAGAAUGCGAAUUUGAUUACAAUAAAAUCAAUGCAGAUAUGAGAACAUUCAUCAAAGAUCUAAUUCAAUGCAAACCAGAAAAGAACCGAGAUGAAAGGAAGGGAUUUUUCUAUGAGAUUAUUUGCAACCAACGGAACGGAAUCGACACAGAUAGGUGGGACUACAUCGCAAGAGACUGUUUACUGCUUGGGAUUCGAAGCAGCUUUGACCACAAGCGUUGCAUGAAAUACGUCCGUGUUAGCAAAGGACACCGUCCCGCCACAAAACCGCAGCUUUGCUUUCGAGACAAAGAGAGUGGCGACUUCUAUGACAUGUUUUAUUUGAGAGCGAAGCUUCACCGCCAUGCAUAUCAGCAUAAAACAGUGUAUAUCAUAGGUGAAAUGUACACAAUUGAAAAAAUGAGCCAAGCUGUUGAUGAUAUGAAAGUAUUGAGCAAACUAACAGAUGAUGUUUUUAAUGUAAUACUGAACUCGACGAAACCGGAAUUACGAGAGUCCAGAGAAAUCUUGCGCAACGUUUUGUCACGCGAAUUACCAAAGUUUGUUCGCGAGAAACCGUUGCCGGGAAAUUAUGCUGACGACAAAGAAUCAAUAGAGAAGAUAAAGCAAAACAUGAACAUCCCGAGAACGGAAUACAUCAUUCAGGUGGCAAACCUUGAUUUUGGAAUGAAGACGGAAAACCCAAUAAACACCCAAGAAACCGACCCAAUCAACAAUCAACAAGCCGACCCAAUCAACAAUCAAGAAACCAACCCAAUCAACAAUCAACAAGCGGACCCAAUCAACAAUCAAGAAACCAGCCCGAUCCAAAAAAUGCUUUUCUACCGAAAACAUAUUGUUGAUGUUGCGAAAACGGAAGAGACACAGCUUUUUCCACCAGUGCGUUAUAAGGAGAAACUUGUGCGUGUCUUCUCUACAAAAAAAUAUCCUGAAUCAUGUGAACAUGUUGACCAGAAAUUUUGUGAGGCAAUGGAAAAAAUGGCUAGAGAGAGACCUGCCGACGAAGGAACCGGUGAGAGAUCAGUCGAGAGGAAUCAACAGGAAGUCAUUGUUCCAAACAUCGCUGUUAUUUCAGAUCGAGGAUUAGUUUCACAAGUACACUUUAAGGUGUUCAACGACCCAGUUCAUGGUCACAUUUCAAUGCAUCCUCUCUGUGUGCUUAUCAUAGACACCCCGGAAUUUCAGAGACUUCGUCACAUUAAACAGAUAAACGCAGCAUAUUUUGUUUACCCGGGAGCCUCGCACAAUCGCUUUGAACAUUCACUUGGCGUGUGCUACCUGGCUGGCCGAGUUGUAAGGAAACUCAAGAAACAGAAGCAACCCAAUCUAGACAUAAAUGACAAAGAUGUACUGUGCGUACAAAUAGCAGGACUUUGCAAUGAUUUGGGUCACGGGCCCUUUUCGUACUUGUUUGAGCAUCGUUUCCUUCCACAAAUGCAGCCAAACUGCAAAUGGACGCACAAGGAGGCGUCUGUAAUGAUGUUCAGCCGUUUGAUCGAGAAGAACAAUUUGAUAGAUAAAUUCAAAUUGUACGGUCUUGAAAACGAGGAUAUCACCUUCAUUAAGGAAUUACUGAAUGUAAAAGCUGAAGAACAGGAUCCAGAAUGGAAAUACACUGGAAGAGAUGAAUCCAAGAGAUUUCUGUUUGAGAUUGUGACAAACGUUCGCAACGGCAUUGACGCUGAAACAUGGGAUUCAUGCGCGCGAGAUUGCUUGAUGCUUGGAAUGAGCAGCAGAUUUGACCACAUGCGGUGCAUCAAAUAUGUCCGCGCGAUCAAAAUAAAAAACAAAUAUCAGAUUUGUUUUCGCGACAAGGAAAAACGUGAUUUUGACGAGCUCUUUUUCAUUCUGGCAAAACUAAAAAACAUGGCUUAUCAGCAUAAAACAACAUUCAUCGCAGGUGAAAUGAUUGUCGAAGCUGUAAUGAAAGUCAACGCUCUAAUUUUGUUGAAAGGGACAAAUAGAAAUGAUUGUACAAUAGUCGGAGCUAAAGGAGACAUGAACGCCUUUUUCGCUUUGACAGACGAUAUAAUUACUCAAAUACUGAACUAUCCCUUUCCCAAACGGGAAGAACUUGAAGAUUUGAGGAAGACACAAGAACCUAACCAACAAAGGCUCGAGGUCUUGCGAGAAGAGGAACAAACAUGGUCAGAAGCAAGAUCCAUUUUGGAAAAAGUUUUGAAACGAAAAUUUUAUAAGUUUGUUGCCGAGAUAAAACUGCCAAGGCUCGCAAAGUUUCAAAGCAUACUUGAAAGAACGAUUGCUGAAUCCGGUGUUGAACAGAAUGACAUUGUUUGUCAGUUCGUAGAGCUAGAUUAUGCACCAAAGGUGUGUAAAACAGUUGCUUUCUAUAGCAAACACAGGCCGGAUUUUGCUACAGUUGAACAGGUAAGAGGUUCUCAGUCGUAUUUAAAAGAGACAAUUGUUCGCGUGUUCUGCAAGGAAGACAGGCACUUCCAUCUACUAAAGGAGAAGCUCGACUUACGUACAGAUAUGAUGAAUACUCUCCAGUUGAGCUUUGCUGAUACGGCACUUGAACAACAUUAACCGUACAAGACACGUUCAGACUGUGGAUACAAAACACAAUUAACAAAGACAUACAGCUUGUAUACAUUCUUUAUCACUGCAAUAUUUUCUGAAUAUAUUUAUGUAAAUUUAACAGCGGAGAAUAGCAUUCCGGUAUUCUAAAAACAUUGAGUGUGCGUCAUUUGUCAUAGCUCUUAUAAAAUAUUCUAAUCACAUCGGUGUUUACAUGUGUUUAUUAUGAUCAAAUUGUUGAUGUGGUACUGCUUGUAGGUUUAAUAGUUUCAUUUUUUUUGUUAUUGCGAUUUUGUGUUAUAUAUUUUUAAUUGUAUAUGAACGUCCUGAAACUAAGAAAAUAUUCAUUUAUUCAUGCGUCAUAGUUAAUUGAUCUUUGAAAUAUAAAACAUUACAUCCAUAUAUUGACAUUAACUUUUGCUAUUCAGAGUAUUGAUGCAAUGUUGUUAAUUGCAGCUUGUUUGUUUUGCUAUUGCAAUUGUUCUUUAUUGCUUUUCGUAUUAGUUCUAUUAUUCACAGUGAUGUUGAUGCUAGCUUCUGAAACUUAUCAAAGCGUAUAACAGUGUGUAUUAUUCUUUGAAGAUAGCACAUAACAUUUAUCUCAACACAUUUAAACACUUUUAUCAUGAUAUUUGUUUGCUGAUGAUUAUCGUAGUUGUUCUUAACAUUGAUUUAAUUGAUGUUGUUAAUUUUGUAUCGUUUGUUGUUGAUCUGAUAGUUGUUUGCUACUUAAAGAAUGGAUAAUUCAUUCAACUAUUACUUUAAAUUAAAUUAAAUCACACGCAUUCCACUCAAUAUAACAUUUAAAAGAUUUACAAUUCACAAUGUAUUCGUCAUUUCCUUAAACCCACAGUCUAAGCGUUUCUCUUUUGCUAUAGCUGUUUUUGUAAAUGUAUAUUACUGUAUUUUUAAUGUCUGUUGUAUUGUUUUACAUUUAAUGCAAACGAUAAUAAUGUAUAAACAUUAAUUGAUUGAAUUACUUCAAAAUAUAAUGAAACGUACUUGCCACAGUCAAAUACCUGAGUAUGGGUUUUUGUAUGUCUUGUGAAUAUGAUUUACAGACAUGGCGAAAGACCGUCACAAUUUACAGGCCAGACUGGCCUUCCAGGAGAACAAAAAUCAAUUUUAGCGUUUGACUGGGGAUUAUAUAGAGCCAUUAGUCUCGACAUGGCAAAGUUAAUUCACAAAGGACAAACAUAAGCCUGAAAACCUAUUUGGAAUAAAUGAAGCGUAUUAUUUUCAGUUUGUUGAUAUAUUUGCGCUUUAUACAUAUAUACGUGAGUGUUGUCGAUGUAUUUAGCUAAGAGUAAUUAAUAUAUUAAAUAAGUUAACCUGUAAAUAUCCAUUUCACUAACAUGCCAUUACAUAUGCUUAUUAAUCUGAUUAAGCACAGAUCCAUUUACAUAUAAAUCGAAUUAUGUUUGUGUUUUUUUCAUUUUCGAACGAUAAUCCUAUAACAGUUAAGUGUAUUUGUCCUCGCGAGUACUGAGUAGAAUGCAUUUAAAUUUUCAAACACUUGUUCUGUGACAUUCAGAACAUUUCCAAAAAAAGAGUUCUAUUUGUAUCUAAAACGUAUGCUUCGUUGUAGAAUAACACGCGCUUUUAAUUAAUCCAUACUAAAUAUAUGACGUCCGUCGUUAAUUCGAUUUUUAUUUGUCCUUUUCGCUUAGCAUCAUUUUUUCUUUCUAUUGUCCGCCAUCUUGGGUCACGUUAACAACACAUGUGCAACGAACGUUAAUCGUAUAGGUCCGAUUACUUUUGCGAACCGAUAGUUAAGAAUGAUGUCGUUCGUCGAGACGCUCCGUUGACGUUUUGAAUCACUUUCAAAAUUUAUCGAUACAGUUUGUUACGAAAUUCAACGUAUUAUGUCCGAAAAUAUCAUGACUCUGUAAUCACGAAAUAAUGUAGUUGUGAAAACUGCAAGAGGGUUACACUCUGUUGAAGCAAAAAUCGCCGGCCAAUAAGGCCGACGAUUUUUCAUUUCACCGUCGGCCUUUUUAAAAUAUUCGUAGGCAAUCGCCAACGGGCCAACGGGCUUUCGCCAUGUCUGGAUUUUUAUGUUACUUCACCCAUAUAGCACUUUUGAGUACACAGGCGUUGUUUAUGCAAAUCUUUCUACGAAUAACAAAAUCGAUAUUUCUUGGGGUUCGCAUAUUUUAAUUGUAUGUAAUACCUAUAAAUUUAAAUCUUUUUAUUUUUGAUAUGGAGUGUUUAAGGGACUAUGUUGACCGAGUGAGCUUGGUACAAGCGACUUGAAGUAUUUAUAUCGGGGUAGUUCUCGUAGUAUUGACGUUUUGAGAAUUAACAAGAAGUGGCUAUCUUACAGUUAUCUCCAAUGAUAGUUGUUUUCCUGGCCGACUAUAACAAUAUAUAAGUAAGCCUUUUAAGUUACUACGAUAAUAUGCUUCGGGUGAAUUAAAUUUACAGUAUAGGUGCAAAAAGACGUUUAUUGCAUUUGCAUGUAUUUGUGGAUUUUAGUGUUGAAUAUGUAUUUAAAUAAGCUGUUACAACAAAGGUUUGAGUACUUUAUCGACUAAAACACCAAAAUUACUAUCAUUAUGAACAAUCUAACUCAUUAUGUAUUAAACAAAGAAUGGUGAAUUCAUUCGUUUAAUUAUAGAUGUUUUACAUCAUUUGGCCUUCAUGGUAUAUACAUUGCAAAUGCUAUUCUCAAAUUCACUUGUUCGCUGGUUUGAUCUCGUUCAUCGCCAAUAAAUGCAUUUUGAGGUUUCAUUCCGGCUUUCUUAUGCCAGUGUUUGUAAAAUGCUGAAAUAAACUUUAUUAACUUACUUCGCAUAUUAAUGUAUAUAUGAAUACGUCUACUUUUUAGCUUCUCUAGUGGAAGGUGUCAAAUAAAAAAAAAAACAUAAAGAGACGAUCAGUAAGUAAUACGACCAACUGUUAUCCAUAUUACGUUUUUUUUUAUAUGCGGAUCAAGAAUACACCAUUUGCUUUGCUAAAGUAACUGAUUAGUAUACUACUUUUUAAAAUAAAUUCUAACGUGAUUGUG